UCCACCUUUCCUUCUCAAAACUCCACGCGGCAAUAACCUUUCUCCUCACCAUUGUCACGAGAAGCUAGCAAAGCGCUUGCUUGCGGCCAGUUAAAUUUUCCUCUUUUCUGGCGGCGAUGAGCCGGAAUCAGCCCAAACUUAAGCCGCCGCCGCGACCCUUCUUCUCCUGUGGGAUCUUCCGCAACUGCACACAGUCAGUCCUCAGUCCUAGAACUCCCCCUAGCUCAGCAGCUGCCUUCCUCCAACAGCCAUUGCCUCCCCCUCCUCCUCCUCCACCGCUGCCUCCUCCAACUGCGGCGGCUGCUCCUCUUCCUUCAGUCGCCGCUCCUUCGUCAAGUUCCUCGUCUUCAUCCUCCUCUGCAUCCCACAGCUUCACUCAAUGGCGUUUCCCUCUCCAGCACAGCCACCACCACAACCAGCCGCCGCCGCCGGAUCCAGAAUCCAACCGCCCUCCCUCCGCAGACUCAGCAUCCACCUUAUCCAUCGAUCUCGCUGAAGCCUUUCACGCUUCUGAGCUACAUUUUAGCGCCGGCGAUAGCCUUCACGCCCUCCGUCUUUUGGAGCGAUCGCUCGCGACAGCCAGCCCCUCGCCGCCGGCCCCUCCUGCAUCACCAGGGGUUAUGGCGGGUGUGGUCACAGCUCUCAAGGUAACGGCAACGGCUCGGGCAGCGGCAAAGGUAUUGCUAGCUAUGUUAUUGGCGGAGGGAAACCGACGGGUAGCAGUGGAAGCUGGAGCGGUGGCUGCUGCUGUGGAGGCGGUGGCUUCCGCCGGAUCAGGGGCCACUACGGUGAAGGAACGCACGCUAGCGGCGCUGGAGUUGCUUUGUACAGUGGAGGAAGGCGCGGAAGAGGUGAGAGAACACGCUCUAGCGCCGGCGGCACUCGCCGGAUCUGUCGAGGAGAUGACAGGAAGAGGAAGGGAAUGUGGGAUCGGGAUCUUGGCAGCUAUAUACGGCGGCGAGAGGGCGGCGGAAGCGCCGUCAGUGGUGGCGCAUGCAGUGGUCGUGGCGCUACAAGGAGAGUGUAGCACUCGGGGGAGGAGGAAGGGAGCGCAGCUAUUGCGCGCGCUGAAGGAGAGAAGUCGACUAGAUCUCGCCGCCGUCCGGGAUGAUUGCUGAACCGUAGGAUCGAGGGUUAUGUUGGGAGGGUAGAUGGCUGACGUGAUUGGACGGCUGGUGCUGCAUUGUGUUCAUGUUUGAAUGAUUGAUUGCUUAUGCAUGUUUAAUUUGUUGCAUUGUUUAAUGAUA